CUAGCAAUCCAAUAAGUUUAAUAUUUUUCAUACAUCUCUUCAAAAUAAUUCAAACUUUCAGAGAAAAGAAAUAGAAAUGGCUUUCGUGAGAAGUAUAUUGGGUGCAAAGAAGAUUCUUGGCCGCUCUGUCUCAGCAUCUUCCACGAGCAAAAGAGCAUCCUCGGCGGCACCAAAAGGAUUUCUUGCGGUGUACGUAGGAGAGAGUCAGAAAAAGAGAUAUGUGGUGCCAAUCUCAUACUUGAGCCAGCCUUCUUUUCAAGCUCUUCUCAGUAAAUCCGAGGAAGAGUUUGGUUUUGAUCAUCCAAUGGGUGGCUUAACGAUCCCUUGUCCUGAAGAUAUAUUCAUCAACGUAACGUCUAGGCUCCAAUGAUGAUGAUUAUCCAUUCUUUACUUCUUCAUGAGUUAGAAAUAGACUUACUCACUGUAAAGUAUAGGAGAUUCUUUUCUCAUUUUCUUUCUUCUAAAGUUUUAAAAGUAAAUACCAUUUUCAUGUUAAAACUAAUACACUUUUCAUC